AUGUCUGGUUUGAGAGAACCAUCCUUUUUUGAACGCUACAACCUCUGUCGUGUUCGUAAUGGUUACUAUCUGAACUUCAACAUCACAGUCAAGUAUUCCGAAUCACAACUCACUCCUACAAUAUUAUCAAACGCAUUAAAAAGUCUAAUUCGAAAACAUCCCAUAUUAAGUUGCAACUAUUUCCAAACCAAUGACCACAAUGGAGAUGAAGAUGACUAUAAAAACUAUGUGCUUCGAGGUAUUGAUUUGAACUAUGAUGAUCUUGUCGAUGAGAAUGAAUCUGGUGAUAUAAGUGGAGAUUAUUUUGAAAAACUUAACCUGAUUUUCUUCCAGAUCAAUGUGAACAAACCAUUGUGGAAAUUAAUCUUGAACGGAUCAUACUUGACAAUUGUUUGCUCUCAUAUUUUUUUCGAUGGAAAUAGCGGUUGUUUCUUUCAUGAAGACCUUGCAAACGAGAUCAACAAUUUAGAUUCUGAUAUCACAUUCCUGCCAGUGAUUUCAUUGGCAAAUGAUAUAACCAGCGUACCACCAGCAGUGGGUAUUGUUUCGCAACUAUACAGUCUUCCAGUUUGGUUUACAGUAAAGACGUUGGCAUCACAUUUUUUCCCUCUGUUGGCCAAGCUCAUCAACAGCGUCACCACCACCACCACUGCAAACAAUAAUACUACUAAUACAGCAAAACUCCCAUUAUUCAAAACAAACAAUCCGAUUGCCGUAAAUGAACAUACAAACAUCACUACACUUAGUUUCAACAAGGAACAAACACAAUCUAUUCUCAAACAUGUCAAGGCUCGUGGUUUAACAUUUACGCCGUGGCUCAUUGCCCACAUUUUUGCUUCAUUUUCGAAACUUCAUCCUAAUGUCGCAUUGAAUGUAUCAAUUCCAUUAAAUGGAAGAAGGUAUUACCCUGAUCUCGAUCGAUACCAAGUAUGUGUUGCCGCCUCGGAAAUCGCCUUGGACCCACCAUUUGAAAACACCGAUAAUAAUAAUAAUAACAACAACAAGAACAACAACAACAGCAGCCACGAAGCAGAUGAGAGCUUCAAAACAGCACGUAUUAUUUCCUCGCGUCUUCAAAAUGAUUUGGAGACUCGUAUUCCAUUUUACCAAGUAGCAAUGUUGAAGAUGGUGAGUGUUUCUAAUUGGCUCAAGUCAAAAAUCGGUAAACAUGAGCGAGUUUUUCUCGAAGUGAGCAAUGUAGGGAUGUUAAAGGGAAAACAGGGAUGUUGGUUUAGUCAAGAUAAUGGAUUUUCCUCACAAUUGCAAUUUAAUGUGGUGAGUGGAGAUGAUGGAAUGAACAUUACUAUAGGGUACUUGGAUGGAUUGAAAAAUGAUAUGGGCGAGUUUUUACAGAGUAUGAAUGCCGAAUUUGAAAAAAUAAUCGUCAGUUGA